AUCGGAAGUGGAACCGCCUUUCGCACAGAUCCACUCAAAAUGGUCCACUUUGCGGUGUGGCCACUGCUUUUGCUGCCACUGGCAGCCGCCGCCUUCAACGACGUCUUCGACGAGGAACUCCUGAUCAAACCCCUGCCGGACGGCUUCGUGUACAGCUACUUCCAGUUCACGACCCGCUGGCAGCUCGCCGCGAACGACAGCCUUCUUCACACCCACCUGGUGUCCCGUUCGCUGGCCGAGCUGGUCCACCACUACGACGUGAGCGAGCUGCACCUGAGCUUCACGAACGGCAUCUGGCGCUACGAGAACUGGGGCUUUCCGGUGGUGGACGCGGGUCCCGGGGCCGAGGUGUGGGCCUGGUUCAACGGGAAUGACGACGGUGAGGUGGACGCCCGGUGGAAGCAGCUGUGUGGGACGCUGUCGGGGUUGUUUUGCGCAUCGUUGAGCUUCGUGGACGGGACGAACACGUUCCGGCCGGAGUACUCGUUGAGGCCGCAAACGCACCGGUUUGGGGAGGAGUUGAGGGUGCGGUACGCGGCGUUGCCGCGGGAGAUUGUCUGCACGGAGAAUUUGACGCCGUGGAAGAAGCUGCUGCCGUGCAAGUUGAGGGAGGGUUUCGCUUCGCUGCUGACGCCGGACCAUGUGUAUUCCGGGAAUUAUCACUCGCUGGCGUUGCACGUGCGGAAGUUGUGCGAGGACGCGCAUUGCGGUCGGUUCCAGCUGGAGGUGAGGCAGAGUGUCAGCUUGGUGCAGGACCAGCGCCUGUUUGGAGGGAAGGAUUGGUCGGUGCGGAAGUUGUUUGGCCAGGGGAUGGAGGGGGCCUGCACGUUGGCCGCCAGCAGCAAGCUGUACGUGGACGUUACGGAUCGCAGCUACGAAAUGACCCAGGUUCCGACCGACGUGAUCCGGACGACGCGGGGCGGGGCCAGUUCCGUGCUGUACGAGUACGACAUCAAGCAGUUCGAGCGGAAGCAACGGAUGUUCAACGUGGCCGCCGUUGACCGGGCCGAUCCGAACGUCAUUUCGCUGAUCCAACCUCCUCCGAUCUACUCCAAGCGGUUCAUCUCCGGCGUGGGUCAGGAACGUGGCCGGAUCGUAACACGCAUCACCAACACCCAUUGGACCGAUCUCAACCUGAUCAUCUUCGAAAACAUUCCCUGGUUCGUGCCGAUCUACCUGCACACGCUGAAGAUCACCCAAGGCCCCAUCCAGCAUACCCCACGAACCGUCAAGUACAUCCCAGGCCGCCAACGGGAACGCCCCUCCCACCUGGAAAUCGCCCUCACCAUUCCAAAGCGCUCCACCCUGGAGCUCUCCAUCGACUUCGACUACAUCUUCCUCAAGUGGCAAGAAUACCCCCCGGACGCCAGCCACGGCCACUACCUCCAACCCUCCAUCAUCUCCGUCCUCCUCCCAACGGCCCGCAACUACACCUCACUCCCCCGUGAAGCCGCCCUCUUCCGGGACUCGUUCAACGCGACCCAACCCGACGGUUACUUCCUCCAGCUGCGGACCGAAGCCCUGCUCCUCACCCUUCCGAUCCCCGACUUUAGCAUGCCGUACAACGUGAUCUGCCUGGCCUGUACCGUGGUGGCGCUCGCCUUCGGACCGAUUCACAACAUCUCGACCAAGAAGAUCGUAGCGAAGAGCAAGGAGCCCAAGGACAAGCCCAAGUGGGGCCAGAAGAUUCGGGGUUGGUUCGGGAAGGGGAAGAAGAAGGUGGAGGAUGAGGGGGAAGGAAGUGGCGACAAGACUGAGCUGGUGGAGGGGGAGAAGUGAACCAAAAAUUAGCUACAAUGAGUUCGUUC